CCAUCAUCAUGAGCACCGACGAAACGUCAACCGUAGUGGUAAAAACAAAGCCAGUAAAAAAGCUCAAGCCUGCGCGCAAGCAAGUGAAAGCGGGAGAUGUAGAGAGAAAGGAGACGCCUCAGACGGGGAAAGAAUAUAAUAUCUGGUAUAACAAGUGGGCUGGAGGCGACCGGGAAGAUAACUACUCCAACAAAGUAAAAUCGCAAACUCGGUGCAAUAUCAAGAAGGACUCAGGUCUGACUCGAGCGAACACGACUGGUAUUCGCUAUUGUUGUCUGUUCUAUGCUCGUGGGUGCUGUCCGUAUGGAUGGGAGUGCGACUACCUUCACACUCUUCCCGACCCUGAUGACGCAUUACCUGAUUCGAGUAAAGAUUGUUUCGCUCGAGACAAAUUCUCGGACUACAGAGAUGACAUGGGUGGUGUCGGUAGUUUCAACCGACAAAAUCGAACAUUAUACGUUGGUCGAAUCAAGGAGACCGGCCCAGGCCCGGAGACAGAAGAAAUUGUCAUUAGGCAUUUCAAAGAGUGGGGCGAAAUUGAACGCAUCCGCGUGCUACAGUAUCGUAGCGUUGCGUUCGUAACUUAUGUCUCGGAGUUCGGCGCACAGUUUGCCAAAGAGGCCAUGGCGUGUCAAUCCCUUGACAAUGAUGAAAUCUUGAACGUUCGAUGGGCCACCGAGGAUCCCAAUCCGGUACAGAAGGUGGCUGAAAAGCGGCGAUUGGAGGAGAUCGGGCAGGAAGCUAUCAAGGCGCGGAUGGAUCCUCGUAUUGUUGAUGCUAUGCGGGCUGUCCGUGCAUUAGAGGAUGGGGAUAUGCUGGAUGACGAAGGAGAAGUGGUAGAAGACCCGGAAUCUGGUGACCCAGAGGCAAAGCGGCGGCGAAUUGAGCUGCCACCGCCACAAGAAGCGGCAUCAGAGCCACCACCUCAGCCCCUUGGUCUGCUGUCAGCCGAUACAAUGGAAGGUCUCAAAUACUUUGCCGAAAUAAGGAAGCGGAACGGCGUCUCGCUAUCUGUUGUACAUCCAAAGACAAUACCUCCGAAACCAUUGACUUCAGGGCUGGGAGUGGCGGACUACGGGAGUGACGAAGAUUGAGGUCUGUUCAGUUUCAUUUGCACCAAUCGGUAACUAGUCUGAUAUCCGACCUGGCCAACAGCCCUUAAUCUGGUCAAGCUAGAACCGCCUCUUCCUGCCAGCCGAUAACCUUCGAACGUGAUGAGCGCUCCGACGAACCAUGACGACUCGUUUCGGC